UCUCUCUCUCUCUCUCUCUCUCUCUCAAGCUUAAGUUUUUUUUUCUUCUUCAUAAACACAAACACAUUAAGCACACAAGAUUAAGCUUGUUGAGCUUAAUUAGUGUUCUGUUAAUACCAGAAGAAGGAAGAUUUGGUUGAUAUUAUUGGGUGAUUUUUCUGGGGUAAACAAUUGAAAUGACAAUGAGCAACAACGUAAUUAAUGGGCAGUUUGGAGACACCACGCUGACCAAAGUGUUCGUUGGAGGGCUGGCUUGGGAGACUCCCAAGGAGGCCUUAAGAGAGCACUUUGACAAGUACGGUGAGAUCUUGGAGGCCGUCAUCAUCUCUGAUAAGCUCACCGGCAGAUCCAAGGGCUACGGUUUCGUCACAUUCAAGGAGGCUGAGGCUGCUAAGAAGGCUUGCGAGGACGCGACGCCCUUCAUCAACGGCCGCCGCGCCAACUGCAAUCUGGCUUCCCUCGGGGCUCGCCGCCCCAGGUCGGCUUCAACCACCACCACUCCUCCUCCUCCUCAACGAGGAUCAAACGGUGGCGGAGCAAGAUCCAUGUCGCCUGCACCUGCACCUGCAAAUCACGUGCAGUGGUACUAUCCAGCACCAGCAGGUACUCCAGCAACCCCAUUCCAUCACCAGCAUCACCAGCAUCACCAGCCUGUUCCAUUCUAUGGGUACUCCCCAACCUACAUUGCUGCUGAUAUGAGUUACAAUCAUAAGCUAGGCUACACAGGUGGGGCCUACAUGAAUGGGCAUUACUCUCCUCAAGUGUACCCAGGCCAGCCUAUGGUCGGGCCAAACACAUUGAUGCCAAUGUACCCUCUUUACCACUACCACCAUCAAUCACAUACAAUGGGCUUACCUGCUCACAUCUUUCCGCCAACCACAGCGGGACACGUGGCAGCAGUCCCAACCAUCAUGUCCAAACCAGCGUCAAUUGCUCCCAACACAGUGUGCUUGGCUGUGGAAUAGCAGGGACAGUUGGCAUAGAGGAAGAGAGCUUUACAAAAGUUGGCUAAAAAGAGGCUGCACUUAUUUAAUUAGUUGGCAAUAACAAAGGGGAAACGUGGUGGCUGCACAGAGCAACAUUAUUAUCUGAUCUCUUGUGCCUCUUCUAUCCUUUUUUUUUUCUUCUUUUAAUUUACUUCUUUAAUUUAAUUCA